AUGGACUAUCCACCUAGUCUUGGUGAUCCUAAUUCUCAUCAGACUGAUCAUUAUGCAUCGCCAACGUCUUUACCUCCAUCGGUCACACCAAAAAGUGCUGCUGCUCGAGAUGAUACACAUACAAAUACAUCAAAUGACAAUCGUUUCUAUCAUCGUCCGUCCGUCGCUUCAAAAAAAAGCAUUCCAGAUAUGGGUCCGCCGUCUACAGUUACUUCUCAUCAUCCUAAUUCAGUGGCACCAUCAACACCUUUCUCAGCAGCAACACCAUUUACACCACGAACAGUUGAUACAUCACGUGUUCAGCCCAGUUUACAGAAUAUAGUAUCAACUGUCAGUCUUGGUUGUCCGUUGGAUUUAAAACGUAUUGCACUACAAGCUCGUAAUGCAGAAUUUAAUCCAAAACGUUUUGCUGCAGUCAUUAUGCGUAUUCGUAGUCCACGUACGACAGCUUUAAUUUUUACGUCGGGAAAAAUGGUUUGUACUGGUGCUAAAACUGAAGAUGAUUCCAUUCAAGCAGCACGACGCUAUGCUCGUGUUAUUCAAAAGCUUGGCUUUCCAGCUAAAUUUCUCGAUUUUAAAAUUCAAAAUAUGGUUGGUAGUGCUGAUGUCAGUUUUAAAAUACGACUUGAAGCACUUGCAUUAGCACAUGAGUCCUAUUGCAGUUACGAACCUGAAUUAUUUCCCGGUUUGAUUUAUCGAGUCAUUCAGCCAAAAAUUGUUUUGCUUAUUUUCAGUUCUGGUAAAGUUGUACUAACAGGUGCUAAAGAACGCCGUGAAAUUCAUGAGGCUUUCGAACUUGUUUAUCCAAUAUUAAAAACUUUUCGACGAAUUUCUUGA